AUGGCCACAAUAUUUAGCGAGUACCUUUUAUCAUAUCGUUUUAUAUGGUGCGUAACUGAAUAAUUUACAUUCACGUCAAAUCGUCAGACGUCGCAACACCGAUUUGUCAGCCCACCCAGUGUCACCACCAUUGUCAAGAAUUAUGUGAUAUCGGAUUGCAAAGAUGUUCCAUAAAUAAACCGGGUGUGCCGAAAAACCCAGAUACCUGAAACGCUAGGUGUUAAGCCCUAGAAAUAGAUAACCAUGGGACAACAUGUGUCAAGAACUGAUUUCGAAUGGGUCUACACUGAAGAGCCGCAUGCAAGUAGACGAAAAAUUAUUCUAGAAAAAUAUCCCCAAAUAAAGAAAUUAUUUGGCUACGAUCCUAAUUUCAAAUGGGUCGUUACUGCAAUGGUUUUAACACAAUGUUUUCUAAUGUACGUUCUCCGGAACAAAUCGUGGCCAGUAAUAUUGUUAACAGCAUACUGUUUGGGAGGUGUUAUCAACCAUUCUUUGAUGUUGGCAAUUCACGAAAUAUCGCAUAACUUGGCCUUCGGCCACGGCAGGCCCCUGCACAACAGACUUUUUGGAUUUUUUGCUAAUCUGCCCAUUGGUAUACCUAUAUCGAUAAGUUUCAAAAAAUAUCAUUUGGAACAUCAUAGGUAUCAAGGCGAUGAACUGAAAGACACAGACAUACCCACUUACAUGGAAGCAAAACUGUUUUGCACAACAUUUGGCAAGUUUAUAUGGGUAAUCCUGCAACCAUUUUUUUAUGCGUUCAGACCUCUUGUAACAUACCCAAAACCGCCAACUGUAUUAGAAAUAUAUAACUUAGUUCUGCAGUUGAUAUUUGACGCCCUUGUAGUAUACUUCCUUGGGUGGAAGAUCCUGGGCUAUCUAGUUUAUGGGAGUUUGAUGGCAAUGGGCUUGCACCCUGUCGCGGGACAUUUCAUAUCAGAACAUUAUAUGUUUAAAAAGGGAUAUGAAACUUACAGCUACUACGGUCCCUUGAAUUUUAUCACCUUCAAUGUGGGUUACCAUAAUGAACAUCAUGACUUUCCUGCUGUUCCUGGGUCUCUGUUACCAGAGGUAAAAAGGAUAGCUCCAGAGUUUUAUGAUGACUUGCCGCAGCAUCAGAGUUGGACCCAAGUGCUAUAUGAUUUUGUAAUGGAUCCCGAUGUGGGCCCAUAUGCCAGAAUAAAAAGAAAGAAACGCGGACUGUCGACUUGAGAUUUUCUACAUAAAUGAGGUUUUAUUUUGUUGCAUAGAAAAGUAUUUUUGUAAUUGCAUGAGUUUGCAAUUUAUGAUUGUAUAUUUGAUAUGAAUGGCCUGUAUUCAUGGGCGUGUCUAGAUUUGCAGGGAGGGGGUGGAUACAACCAUUGAUCAACUCAUAAAACAUCUUGUUACCAAGAAAUAAUUGGUUUUUGCAAAUACCAAAGUUUAUUUUUAAUUUUAAAUUUUUAAAAUUUCAAAGUGAAUUUUCAACACAUUAGGAGGGUUGCUGAGCCCUUCAACCGUCCUAAUAGACACGCAUCUGUCCCUAUUUAUUAUAUUUAUGCAUUUAAAAUAAAC